GAUGCAAGUGGCAUGUCUUUUGCAAAAAUAGAAAUGGAUGAGGAAGAUGUAUCAAGCAAAAGAUGGACCGAAAUGAGUGAUGAGGAGGUUGUUGAAGAUGCCAUUGUCAACAGACAGAUUUGCUCAGCACAGACAUUCUUUCAGAGCAGGAAAGAAGUACAAAUGUCUGUGAAUCAGGGAGAUGCCUUGUGUGAUGGUUCCCUUUCAAGCUUCAUUGAAGUUGGUCUCAAAGCUGUUCUUCAGAAACUUCUGCAUUAUGACAUGGAUACAGUAGUUACUAUGUUAACAAACAUGGGUCGUGAUGUUUUGCAACAGCUUCACAAGAUCUGCCUGUAUACACUUCACAGGCCUCUUAGAGAUUUUCUGGCAAAGGAGUUAGAAUCAAGAGAUUAUUUAUCAGCAGUGGAAAUAAAUGUGGUUGAGUUUGUCCAUACCCUGGAAAGCAUGUACUGUCAACAGUCAUUCACAGAAUCUAAAAAGAAUCUUAGCAAAAGUGACCAAAAGUGCAGUUGGGGAGAUCUCGGACUUCUAAGGAGUUCUUUUAACCUGGGUUCCACCCAAAUCCUUGACACUUACAUGCAGACUGGUAAUCUAGUAGAUGCAGAAAUUGACAAGCAGCAGAAUUUUUCAAGUGGUAGUAGUUAUGUCGAGUUGCCCCUAGCAUGGGUUUGUUCAUGGGAUGACAUCUCUAGACAGAGAAUUCUGAUUGAGAGAAUGCUCACAUGCCGAGCUGAAGAUGGUAGUGCCCUCCCUCAUGAUGUUGAGAUAAGAGCAGAAGCCCUUUGGAAGUACCUUUCAUCUCACACUAACUGGCAGACAUUACUGGGCUGGAUCAGAUCAAUGGCUCUUGAGUUUGAUACAUCCCAUGAUGAUCCCUCUCUGUAUGUGGGUAAAAAGUUUGCUGUUCAUGGUGGAGAUGUUGUGUUACCAUCACUUCCUCCCUGCAUCUUUAGUCAAGUAGGUUCCUGUCACAAGGUUGUUAAAGAGAUGAUUUUGGAAGAGCUAACAAGAAAUGGAAUGUUCACAACAUCUCAGCUGUCCAACUUUUCCCUUCUACUGUAUUAUUUGAGCACAACACAGACAUUGUUUGGGGACAAUCUUCCAUUGCUUUCUUUGGAUGGCUGCUCUGCAGAUGGUAGUGAAGACUCCUUAAAUACAGAAGGAUGUAUUGUAUCAAUUUUCCAAUUUCAUCAGAGUUUCAUUGACUACUGUAUAAGACUAAGGCUUGUCAACCUCUUGUACCACUACUUGGACUUCUACAGGCUAUGUGAAUCUGUACAGGGUGUGAAAGAACUCAGAUUGGAUUUGAAUAGACCUCAUUGGGUUGACAUGCUGAUUAAGUGUCGACUCCUUGGACGUAACUGCAAAGAUCCUGAUGCUGUUUUCCAAGCCAGUCUGGCCAUGGCUGGGUAUAUGUUAAGCAUGGAGUCUCCAACAGUCACUAACAUUCUGAAAGCUGGACACCCAGUAAUAGCCUUAAGUAGUCUUCUGUAUGGACCAACCACAGUUAAUCAGGCCAUCAUCUCAUCUGAAUCACAGCCCAGAAUCCCAGUUUGGCAAGUGGAAGACCAACUUAUGCAUGAAUCUCUCAUGAAUUUCCCCAAAGUGCACUCAGCUUUGUUUCCUACAACAUCUGGUUCUUGUGGCAUUGAGCGUCAGGAUGUCUCUGUUUACAGACUUCUACAGGGAAACUCGCCAUUUGAAAUUUCUAGACUAUUUGGAUGGCAGCCAACAAAUGACCUUGCUCCCAAGGGAGACACAUCUUUUGAUAUGCCACAUUUUUCUAAUGACCUGUUAGUUUCCCAACAUGGACAUGUCGAGAAGUUGACAUUUUCAUAUUACCUUCGCCAUGGGAGACCCUCAUUUGCUUUCGUAUCUUUUAUUGGCGAGAAGCUGAAAGAUGCUACCAUGUCCAAAGCUAAAAUACAACAAGCAGCAUUGAAGGCAUAUAGAGUUGCUGUGCAGCAUUUGACAAAUCCUUCAGUGUGUGCUGCAUGUGUGGCAUUCAUGGAAAUGCUUGGGUUGGACAGCACCCCUCUUAGAGUAGACAUACAAGCUGCUGAUAGAUUGUUGGCACAUGCAGGAUUGGAAGAUCUCCUAGGAGAUGAUGCCAAGGAAGGCAAUACAAUGGAAGAUGCUAUUGGUAACUGCGUUGCUCUGGCAUUUAAGUUGUAUUUCUGUUAGGACCAACCACUUCAAACUGAAAGUGUUGUCAACCUUUUUAAGCAAUAUCGCUUCAGGAUUAUUACUUCUCCAACGCAUUAAUAAUCCAUCAAAUUUAAACAAAGGAGAUCAUGACCAUGACAGUGUUUGGAUAUCUGAUGUAAGAUUUUUUACUUUAUUCCUCCAUUUGUUUCUUCAUAUUUUUUCAUUAGUUGCGAUUGAAAAGAGAAUUGCAAACACCUCUAAGGUCGUCAAAAAUGCCUUGCCUGUUCCAGGCUCUUGGUAGUUUGGGAUGAGUGAAAACAAGCGAGAGAAAAAACAAGGGAGGACUAAGCCGAGGAACGGCGAGAGAGCCUGUAAGACUUUCUUUAACGACCCUCUUCUGGUAUAGCAGGAACUGCUAUACCCUCUGAUUCGUUGAUUUUGACAGUAUUGAGUACUUGCAACACCCUGUUGGUUCCCUCAUUUAUUGUCAAUCAGAAAGAUGGUCAGUGUGGUCUUUCUUGGACGACUGUCUGCAAGAUAUCCCCAAUACUCAAGCGAUAAAGAAGGAACAAGAAU